CUGUGAGCCACCACUGUGUCAGCACUCCUCCUCCUCCACGUUUAACCUCCAGCUCUGCGAAAAAACAACCCCACAGACAACAUGGACCACAUCUAUGACACGGUAGAUGACGGGAGCGUGAACGAGGAGCGCCGCGAUGGAGCUGGCAGCUCCGACCGAGAGCCCAAAUGUGAGGACUCGGGUGAGGCGAAGGAGCAGCUGUACAGCGAGGUGCAGGUCCACGUCUCUGCAGAGGGAGAGCGGGACUACAUGGACACCAGAGACAAGCAGAGCAGCUCGUCCUCUUCAUCCAGCGAUGAUGAAGAGGAGAAAGCAGAGGAUAAAGCAGAGGAAGAGGUUAAAGCAGAGGAAAGAGCAGAGGUGAGUGUGGAGCCAGUGGUGGAGGUGAAGGUGGAGGACGUGAACGGAGACGCACACGACUCAUCCAGGCGCUCCUCGGCCUCCUCAGCAUCCUCCGCCUCCCCCAAAGACCCGUGCGACGACCCGCCGGUCCAGCCGAGGGCACAGGAAGAGUAUAUCGGGGAAGAUGGGAUGUCGUACACGGUCCCUGAUACUGACAGCACGCCGGAGGAGCCUGUCGACUACAGCCUGAAAACUCUGGAGAGUGUCACUCUGGAUGAGAGCAGCGCUGCACCGGCUGACCCCAACCAGCCCGACAUCUCUCUGUUCGUCAAGGCGGGCAACGAUGGAGAAAGCAUUGGCAACUGUCCCUUCUCUCAGCGCCUCUUCAUGAUUCUCUGGCUCAAAGGAGUCGUCUUUAACGUCACCACCGUCGACCUCAAAAGAAAGCCGGCAGAUCUGCACAAUCUAGCUCCGGGGACACACCCUCCAUUUUUGACCUUCAACGGAGAAGUCAAGACGGAUAUCAACAAGAUCGAGGAGUUUCUGGAGGAAACGCUGUGUCCACCAAAGUAUCCCAAACUGGCCGCCAAGCAGAGAGAGUCGAACACAGCUGGAAACGACAUCUUCGCCAAGUUCUCAGCCUACAUCAAGAACACCAAACCAGAGGCCAACGCCGUUCUAGAGAAAGGUUUGACGAAGGCCCUGAAGAAGCUGGAUGAUUACCUGAACAGCGUCCUGCCGGACGAGAUCGACGCAGACAGCAUGGAGGAGGAGAAGGGCUCCACCCGGUGCUUCCUCGACGGAAACGAGCUCACCCUCGCAGACUGCAACCUGCUGCCCAAACUGCACAUAGUCAAGGUUGUUGCUAAAAAGUACCGCAACUACGACAUCCCCUCGGACAUGUCGGGGGUGUGGCGGUACCUGAAGAACGCCUACACGCGUGACGAAUUCACCAACACCUGCGCUGCCGACUCAGAGAUCGAGAUGGCCUACAAAGACGUGGCGAGGAGACUGGCCAAGUAACUCGCCAACCAACCCGAGCUCAGACAAAAUAAACUAGAAACACAACACACAAGAAAAAGAUCUCCUUUCAACAAAUGUGACUGUCCGUUAGUCUUCUUCAGUGGUGUUUUUGACUGUAAGUCAAAGUAAACAGGUCAGAUGUUGCAGAUGUUAUUGGGAGCUCUGGCUGCUUUACAGCUGUACAUGUUGCAGUUACAGAUAUGGCAAAAGACUUAACUAACUUAAAGGAACAAUCCACCCCAAAAUCAAAAACACAUAUUUUACUUCUCACCUGUUGUGCUCUUUAUCAGUCUAGAUUGUUUUGGUGUGAGUUGCCGAGUGUUGGAGAUAUCAGCUAUAGAGAUACCGUCCGUCUCUCCAAUUUAAUGGAACUAGAUGACACAAAAAAAAAUCUAAAAACUCAACGUCUCUUUCCAGAAAUCAUU